AUGAGAAGGUUUUGGAUAAGACCGGGCAGAACAAGCAGUUGGUGGGACAAUUUUGUCAAUGGCGUUGUCGUGGAUGAUGAAUGGAGGGAGAACUUUCGCAUGUCCAGAGCUUCUGUCAUCGCCCUGACUGAAGAACUGCGCCCAUAUAUCGAAAGGCAAACAACAAACAUGAGGGCACCAAUUGAUCCACUGAAAAGGGUUGCAUUAAUACUUUAUUACCUGAGCGAUGGGGGAAGGCUACGGAAGACUGCUAACGCCUUCGGCGUUUCGCGCCAGGCUGUGUCCCUCAUUAUUAGGCAGACAUGCAGAGCGAUCUCCAUCCACCUGGGUCCAAGAUACAUCAAGCUGCCUUUUACUGAGCCCGAGACCGCGGAUCUGGUUGAGGGCUUUGAUCGUGCACAUCGCAUGCCACAAUGUUUAGGAGCAGUGGGCGGAACCCACAUCGAAAUCAAGCAGCCAUCUACCAACCCCACUGACUACAUCAACAGGAAAGGCACACAUUCCCUUAAUGUACAGGCCGUCUGUGAUUACAAGUACCGAUUCAUUGAUGUCGUGGUAAAGUGGCCUGGGAGUGUGCAUGAUGCACAGGUCUUUGCUAAUUCAAAGCUAAACAUGUACUUAAAGACUGGAAAGAUCCCUGCUCUGAAAAAACAGAUUGUGGACGACGAGGAGGCCAUACCAAUUUAUCUUCUUGGUGAUCCUGCCUACCCGCUGCUGCCGUACCUGAUGAAGGAAUAUGCAACCGGUGGCGCCACAGCUAAGGAACAGUACUUUGUGCUAUCUUUGUGUAGGGCACGUAUGGUUAUUGAGUGUGCUUUUGGUCGCCUCAAGGCCAGAUUUGCUGCACUUAGAAGGCUUAUGGACACAAACUUGGAUGACCUGCCCCAU